CUGAGAUAAGAGUGUGUGUGUGUAUUAGAGAGGACUUCCUUCCUUUGAUCGGAUUCUCUGGCCUUUCCUCGUCCGAGGUUCUUUCUUCUAACUUGUGAGUGGACAGCAACAUAGAGAGAGAGACAAACAUCAUGUCAAGUUUGUUAUAUUGCCGACGCCUUCUCUUGACAUCUUCUUCUUCUGCUUCGAUUCACUCAUCUUCCAUUUCCUCGUUUCUGCUUAAUAGUAGUAGAAGAAGAAGAAGAACAUUUUUGUGUUCUUCACUCUCCGACACGAAAACAGAGGAUGCCAGAAGAAAGAGACCGCCUUUGAAAUCCUUUACCGUACACUAUCUCGUGAACUCAUGUGGGUUGUCCUUGGAAUCCGCUAAAUCUCGUUCUAGAUUCGUAAAGCUUUCAUCUUCCAAGAGACCAGACUCCGUCCUCGCUCUCCUCAAGAACCAUGGCUUCACCUUCGAACAGAUCACCAGAGUCGUCAAAUCAUUCCCCAGCAUCCUCAUAGUCAACCCCGACCAAGUUCUCUCUCCAAAGCUCUUGUUUUUCCGUUCAAUCGGGCUAUCCAGCGUUGAUACAGCCAAACUCAUCUCAAACUGUCCCACCACGCUCUCCCUUAGCUUGCACAACAGGCUCAUCCCUUGCUACGAUUCCCUCAAGAGCAUACUUGUGGAGAAGGAGAGUAUCCUCAAGUGUUUGAGACGCGGGUACUGGAUCUUCACGUUGGACACUGUCAAGUACUUGGCUGCAAGGCUCUCUCUUUGUAGAGAUGCUGGGGUUGAAGACCAGAGCAUCAGAAGACUGGUCCAAAAUGGUCCUCUCGUGUUCUUCUGCUCUGAGAGGAAGUUCAACGAGGUCUUAACCAGAGUACGCAGCUUUGGUUUCGAUCCCAAGAAGAUGUAUUUUGUUCAUGCUAUGUUGGUUUUCUUUCAUGUUAGUGAGUCCACUGUGGAGCACAAGUUUGAGCUGUACCGACAGUUUGGUUGGUCAAGAGACGAGUUCGUGGCAGCGUUCAUGAGAUUUCCAAACUGUGUGAAGAUAUCGGAUGAGAAGAUAAAGGGAACCAUGGAGUACCUUGUAAACAGUGCUGGUCUCAAGGCCAGCGCCGUUGCUAUGCACCCUUUUGUUUUGGGUCUGAGUCUGGAGAAGAGAAUCAAACCAAGGAACAUGGUCAUCUCUGAGCUUCUCUCUAAAGGGUUUGUCAAGAAAGAAGAGUUGAACUACUUCCAGAUCCUCAAGGUUAAAGAAAGUGUUUUUGUGGAUAAGUUUGUUCUCAAGUUUCAGCAGCUUUCUUCUCUCCAGCCAUCCCUAUAGUUUCUUCUCUUUUGUUUUCUGCGUAUUGUGGCAUGUACUACUUUGUUGGUCUGUUAUUGAUUUGAUUAUAAUUGGGUCUCAUGUUAACAUGUUAGUUUCAGAUGUAAUACAUAAAUAAAAAGGAGAUAUUAUAAAUAUGAUAUCUGUUCAAAGA